AUCAUAAUGGCCUCCACAAUUACCCGCAAAAGUCUGGAACUUCCAUCCGCCUCCUCGCGACAGGAUAUCGUGAGCGCUCUUUUGAGCGAAUAUGGCACCUUUGGAGAUGACGACGCUUCGAUAUACAGCUACAAUUAUUCACCCGCUUCGCCAGCCAGAGAUCUGUCGCCGCCACCGCCUCCACCCAAGACUCCCGAAAAACAAAGAAGCUAUAGUAAUGAUAAACCGCUACCCUAUGGAGGUCGGUUGAGCAUGCGUUUUCAGCUCCGAGUGGACGGACCGACCUCUCCGGAGUCUCCAAUCAACUCUCAGACGGACAGCCAACCAAGGCGUAUCAACUACAGGAGCAUCUCACGGGAUUCAAAGCCCCCUUCACUGACACUUGCAGUCAGCAACGGCUCCACGGCCAAAGUUCCAUCCACUCCCACCUUGACACCGGGGUCCUCAAGGUCUAUACCAUCUUCACAAUCUCCCCGAGUAGAAGAGAAAGAACUUCCCCCGCCUCCUCCAGAGAAGUCAAAACGCCGUACGCAACAGUUACCUUUGAACGGCCCAAAAUCUCCAGGACGUCCCGAGCGGAAAGACUCGCAGCAAUCACGAGAGAACAAAGAGACUACCCAGCAGUUGGCUGAGCCUGUGAAACGAAAGCCUCUUCCCCCAAAAUUUACAUCUUUGCUCGAUAUGAAGAACAUGCCCAGGGGAGGGAAGGGAGGUCCUCUUCCCAUGCCUCGGACACGAAAUCAGACUCCCAACACUGCUCAGCAAGACACUAGCCGCGAUCGUCCAAGCACAGCGGUCGAGGCAAAGACUUCGAAGCUCUUAUCAAGUCCCAUGGAAUCUUUGCCGGUAAAACCACACUCAGUAGCCGCUAUUACCAAUAGAUUGCCGCCUACGCCCGUGCAAGACGAGGACAUGGCAUCAAAGGUCUCUGCUCCACCUCUACCCCCGAAACAAGUCAAAAAGCCGUUCGCAGGCAUGGGCUUACCAUCAAAUCCACGGGGCGCCAAACAUGUCAAGGGCAAGAGUAGCACCGGUUUCGACUGGGUAAAAGAUUCGAAGACGGUACUUUCGCCAAAACCAGCAUUGGAACAAAUACCACAAUCACCUAGUCAUCCGCCCGAACAGCUUUCUGUUCCUGCCCCAGUCCCAUCUUUGUCGCCUGUACCCAACACCAUAACGCCUGGGCUCACACCACCACCGAGACAGAUGGAGCAGUCACAGCAAUUGUCGGACUCGGUAUCCUCAGUGAACGGUGAUGACGAUCGCCGACCAUUUAGCUUCGAAGGCCUUCCACCUCCUCCACCGCCAAAACAACAAGCAAAUCAGUCCGUAUCAACAACACAAAUCGUCACCGUUCCCGUUCCCCAAUCAACAACCGCUGUUUCCAAGCCAAUCUCACCAGCCCCAUCGAAUAGCCGUAAUCCACCUCCACAGAACGCUAUGAGAUCACCCUCUCCACCGCAACCCGCCUCGCGUCUCCCAAACGCCUUCGCAAACCUUCCCUCUCAACAGCAACAGCCGUUCUCUCCUCCUAUGUCAUCUGACUCAUCACGUUCUGUUCAACAGCAACAGCCAGCACCACGAGCUUUGGCAUCUGCCUUUUCGAGUCUUCCCUCCCAACAACGCAGUGAUUCUCCCGUCUCUCCACCCUCAGGCAGCCCGCUCCCCGAGUUCACAGCCCCGACCCCAAUCUCGCCCAUGCAAUCGCCAGAUGCCGCUCCCAUCAUCACCACCGCGGCCGACAAACCUACUUACAGCAACAACACCAACAACAAUACCACCACCAUCUCCAUGACCCACCCAGUCCUCAACCCCAACCCGACCGACACCGACCAAGCUCCCUUCACCCCACUGACCCACCAACCCCUCCAUACACGCGCCGCCCCCAUAACUGCCACACACCUCUCCUGCUACACCUCGCACGCACACUCCAUCUGGUCGAAGAACGAGUUCCAGCCCCAAGCAUGCAUGACAUGCACUUCUUCCCGCCCAUCGACCAGCUCCUCCAACCACACUUUCUCAUCCACUUCUUCCGCGUCCCGCGAGCGCAUGUGGGCGUGCACAUGGUGCUACCUGCGCAUAUGCGAGUCCUGCGCUGCAGAGCUCUACCGCAUCCCCGGGAAGAAUCUGCGUGUGCUUGUUGAGAGACGGAAAGCUGGGUUGGUGGGUGCUGGGGUUGUGGGGAAGGGGAAUAAUGGCGGCGUGAUGAGCAUGCUUGUUGAGCAGCAGGAGGAGGAAGAUACUGGGAAGAUUGGGGGGUUGGUCGGGCCCAAGAGACAUGAUAGCGGUGCUGGCGGUGGGAAUACCGCUGCUGCUGCUGCGAUGACGUCGAAUGCGGGUGCGGGUAAGGCGGGAUGGCAGGCGGAUGAGGAGAGGUAUGGGGGUGCUGGGUAUGAAAGCGAUGAUUUCUCAUGA